GCACGUUUUCCAGAGUGGAAGUCGAGUGAUGAGGAAAUCUUACCGGAACACAGGAGGAUUUGAGCAACAAUCACUGUUUCCUACUUCACAAAACACACAGAAAUGAAGACUGGAGAGUUUCUAUACGGAUCCGAACCGUAAAACUUAAUCUUCACAGAAAAACUUUAUGGAUUCGAAAGUUAGGAACUAAACCGAGCUCUCAGAAUGACAUCAAGAUACACAUCAUUCCUCAUAUUAUACAUCAGCAUUCAGAUUGUAAACUUCACUUCUGUGUGUUUCAUUGAUGGCUCUAAGGUUUACUGCACAGAUCGAGGUCUUCGACAAAUCCCAGAGCUGCCCACAUAUUCAUGUUACAUGGAUCCGAGUAACAACAAUAUAACCGAACUCAAUGAAACAUCCUUUUCUCAUCUUGAAGGUCUGCAGAUCCUCAGGAUACAACAUCAAACACCAGGACUUGUGAUCAGAAACAAUACAUUCAGAAGACUCUCCAAUCUAUCAUCACUGGAGUUAGAUUACAACCACAUGCUGAAAAUGGAGACAGGAGCUUUAAUUGGAUUAAUGAAUCUGAAAAAUCUCAGUCUGAUAGGUUGUAGUUUAGAUGACUCCAUUCUGUCUGGUGAUUUCCUCAAACCUCUGGUGUCUCUCGAGAUCCUCAUCUUACGGAAUAACAACAACAUCGGGAGAAUCCGACCAGCGCCGUUCUUCAUAAACAUGAGAAGCUUUCACAUGCUGGAUCUUUCGCACACAAGCGUGAAAAGUAUCUGUGAGGAAGACCUGCUGAACUUUCAGGGUAAAAAUUUCACACUUUUAAAUCUGUCGUUUAUGAGACUUCACGACAUGAAUCAGUACUGGUCAGGAUGGGACAAAUGUGGAAACCCAUUUAAGAACAUGUCCAUAAACAAAUUGGAUCUUUCUCAAAAUGGAUUUGAAGUUAACAUGGCAAAGCGUUUUUUUGAUGCCAUCACCGGUACCAAAAUCCAUCAUCUUAUCCUCAGUGACAGUAGAAUCGGUAGAUCUUCUGGUUACAAUAAUUCAAGAGAUCCAGAUAAAUUCACCUUUAAGGGACUUCGGGAAAGUGGUAUAAAGAAUUUGGAUCUGUCUAAAUCAAGUAUCUUUGCUCUGUCGUAUUCAUUGUUCGGUGCUUUGUCAGAUCUAGAACAGAUUACAUUAGCGCAAAAUCAGAUCAACAAAAUUGAAAACAAUGCAUUUUUGGGUAUGACAAAUUUACUAAAGCUGAACCUGUCCAACAACUCUCUGAGUGCUAUCGAUUCAAAUACCUUCAUGAAUCUACAUAAACUUCAGGUGCUCGAUUUGUCUUAUAACUUUAUAAGGAUGCUUGGAUAUCAACCAUUUCAAGGGCUUGCAAAUCUAUUAAAUCUAAAUUUAACAGGAAAUGUCUUACACACUGUUUAUCAGUUUGCAACUCUACCAAAUCUGGAGCAGCUCUACUUGGGUCAAAACAGAAUCACAUCACUGUAUGGAUUACCAAACAUUUGUAAAAAUCUCACAACCCUUGAUCUGGAUUUUAACAGAUUAACUUCCAUGUCAGCAUUAUACACAAUACUACAGGAAUUUCCAGAAAUGGUUGAAAUCAUUCUCAGUUCUAAUAGUUUACUGGAUUGUUAUAACAAGAGUCCAACAGGGUCAUCCAAACUACAAAUCCUUGAUCUUAGUAAUGCAGGUAUGGAGGUUCUCUUGUGGUCACAAGGCAAAUGUUUAGAUGUGUUUAAUAAUCUUCAUCAGUUACAAAAUCUCUCCCUAAGCUCAAACCUGUUGCAGUCACUUCCUAAAGACGUCUUCAAAGGCUUAACAUCGUUGAUCUUUUUAGAUUUAUCCUUUAACUCUUUGAAGUAUCUCCCUAAUGGUAUAUUCCCUGAAACUCUAAAAAUACUUAAUCUGGAAUAUAAUUCAAUUUAUUCGUUAGAUCCACAUCUCUUUAGCUCUCUCACUCAUCUCAAUCUGCUGCAAAAUCAGUUUCGCUGCGAUUGCAACCUGAAAGACUUUCAAACGUGGCUCAAUCAAUCUAGCACGAUCCUUGUACACCCUGUUGAAGAUGUGACGUGUGCCAGUCCUGAAGAUCAGCACAUGGUUCCCGUUUUGAGAUCAAGCAUACAAUGUGAGGAUGAGGAGGAAGAGAAGAAUGUUGAAAAACUGAGGAUUGGGCUUUUUAUUUUCUCUGCCACAUUGAUCACGUUACUCACCAUCAGCAUCAUCAUUUAUGUCCGUCGCCGUGGUUACAUCUUCAAGCUUUACAAAAGACUUACUGCCAAAUUUCUGGAUGGGAAGCGAGAGGAUCCUCAAGCUGACGAGUACUUGUAUGAUGUUUAUCUCUGCUUCAGUUCCAGUGAUAUGAAGUGGGUGGAGAAAGCCUUGUUGAAGAAGUUGGAUUCACAGUUCUCAGAUCAGAAUCUUCUCCACUGCUGCUUUGAAGAGCGAGACUUCAUGCCUGGUGAAGAUCAUCUGACCAACAUCAGAAACGCUAUUGAGAGUAGUCGAAAAACACUCUUUGUGGUGUCUGAACGUUUCCUGAAGGAUGGCUGGUGUUUAGAGACCUUCACAAUGGCACAGUGCAGGAUGUUAGUGGAGCUGAAGGACGUUCUGCUGGUUUUGGUGGUGGGGAACAUACCCCGUUACAAGUUACUCAAGUAUGAACAAGUAAGAUCUUACAUUGGGAACAGGAGAUAUCUUGUGUGGCCCGAUGACAGCCAAGACUUUGAGUGGUUUUAUGAGCAGCUUGUACAUAAUAUCAGAACACAAGCAAAAGGACCCAAAAAGGAGACUGUUGAAUUUAAGCCUGAAAAUACAAAUGUUCAUGCAGAGACUGCAGUUUGAUUAUAGUUACACUGUAAAACAUUUGCUGUUGUUAUGAUGCAGUUUGCCAGUAACUUACUGUAGAUUUUUUAAUCAGGUUUGUUCAAAGAAAAAUGAACAUUAAACAUUAACAAGUCUUUGUCUUUACAGAAUGUAAAUAUUUUUUUAAUGUUCAUUUACCUUUGAGCAAACUGUUGCCAAUAAAUAACUAAUUUAAAUCUACAGUAAGUUACUGGCAAACUGCUCCCAGAAAUACUGUAAUUUUUACAGAAUUUUGUUAUACAGUGUAGUUUGUGAAGUUACUGUAAAGUUUGGUUUAUUUUGUGUUCAGUUGUUUAUUUUAUAGUAUAAUCCUAGGGAGAUUUUUUUAUAUUUAUUGUUUAUUUAUUAAAAUUAUCCAAAUAAUUUUUGGGCUGACUCAAGAUAAAAUAAAUAAAUAUAUUUGAUUAUUUCUAAAGA